AUGUCCACCGAUGGAGCCAAGGAGCGGCGACCGAUCCAUGGCUGCCCGUCCGUGCCAGUCCCAGUCAGGGGCUUCGCACAACGGGUUCCAGUCUAUGUUGGCUCCCUGAGGCCUCGGGUCUUGAGCAAUUACUCUUUCAAGAUGGCCCGUGUCCCCUGGUUGGCUUCUCUUCUGUCCAAAAGUCUUGGCGAUCAGUCGCACCUGAGCGCCAAUUUCGUCAUCCUUGGACGUCGAUCGUUCCUCUUCAUGGGGUACGUACUACUGUGA